AUGCAGCUUUUUGGGAAAGCAGCAGAAAGUGGUGCAUUCGAAAAGAGCAGCGACAAAAUAACGCGAAGCCUUGGUAAACUGAUCAAAGAUGGUGAAACACCAGAAUUUGUUGGGAAAGCAGUUGUUGCUCUGGCAACAGAUCCGAACGUGAUGAAGAAAACUGGCAGAACAUUAAUAGCAGCCGAUCUGGGGAUCGAUUACAAGUUUCGGGAUAUUGACGGACGUCAGCCGGACAGUUUGCGUGGAUUUAAAAUGCUCCUUGGUCAAGUGGGCCUGGCUAACAUCGGCGCUUAUUUCCCAGCAUGGUUGCGUGUUCCUGGCUGGCUGAUGACAGCUAUCAAAAGCCGUCUGUAA